CUUUUCUUUUUUUCUUUUCUUUUUUUUUAAUUACAACGUGUCUGUCCUUGGAAAACUAUCGCAUGCAUUUCAUAUGUCAAGGCAGGGAACCGGAAAUGUUCCCUUGGCGGAGUCCCACCACCGAGUUCAGGGCGAAGGAUGCCCAGGCAAGGGCUCUCGUCUCUCUUUUCUAUUUUCACCUCUCGACCAUGCCCAUCUUGAUCUUAUUAACCUUCUCUCUUUCUUUCUUCCCUCUUCCUCCCUUUACUCUCUCUCCUUCCCUCUCUUACAUUCACACUCGCACUCGCACUCACACUCACCCCCACACUCAUUCUUCCGUCUCUUUAACACUUCUUUGCCACUUCUUUGUCACUUCUUUGUCACUUCUUUGUCACUUCUUUGUCACUUCUUUGUCACUUCUUUGUCUAGUGAAGAGGUAACACCUUCUCGCCCUCGCUCUCUUCGCUCUUCCUCUCCCAACUGCAUUCCCUCCCAACUCAUUUUCCUUUCUCUUCUCCUUUUCGCUGAUAUAUGUUAUUGUAACGACACUCCAGACCGAUACACAAUCCCACUGACCUUUUCUCCUGCGUCUUUCGUUCUUCCGUCCUCU